UCAAGAAAAAAAUCUCAAUUGCAUUUUGUAAUUUCAGUCAAAAACUAAUCUCAACCGAGAUUGAAAAUAUUUUCAAUGAUUAUGGAUUCACUACGAUGAAUCAUUUUAUAAAGAGUGAUUCGAACGUGGUUUAUAUUCGGAAUCAAAACAUUGAAAAUGGUUCAGAAUAUGAAAAAUGUUCAGAAUCAAAACUAUACGGUUUUAUUUUUAUUCGUGACAAGUCAACCCUUCUCAUGUAUAAAGAUACCGAACCUGAAGUCGAAUGCAAUCAAUACGAUCCAUUGUUGAAGAAUCUAUUUGAUCCACUGAAAGAAGGUGGAUUUUGUCAAAUUAUGACGAGAACUAAAUUAAGACCAGUCGAACAAGAAUGGCAACAAUUGAUUGGAAAUAAUCAACAGAUCAACUUUGAUUUAUCAACACUUAAAAGUAACGCAACUGAUGCUGGUUUCACUUGGAUCUGUCACAAGGAGAUGGUCGAUGAAGGAUAUUUUUCAGUUCUGCUGAGACGUCCAUUCGCUCCCAAUCCAGUUCAACAGGUAACAUUUAUCAGAGUGAAACUUGAUAGUAAUUAUGAUUGGAUUGAUAAGAUAAAAGAAUUGUCGAAAUACAAGAAUCAGAAAAUCUGGUUAACUGGAGGUGGUUAUGAUAACGGGAUAGUUGGACUCGUCAUGUGUCUUUCUAAAGAUCCUCAAUAUAAUAUAAGAUGUUAUUAUGAUCCGAAAAUAGGAGAUGAUGAAGAGAUAAUUGUCCCUGAUGAAGUAAUGGAAAGAGAUUUGAUAGUUAGCGAAGUUGAUGAUAACGGAGAAAUUGGAUUGUAUAAAAGUGAACUUGCCAAUCUUGAUGAUUUACAAAUCGAAACAAUGUCAUGUUAUGCUGAUAUUAAAACAAAAGGUGAUCUUUCAAGUUUACGAUGGUUUCAAUCACAUCAUAGUAAUUGGACUCAUAUUCCUAACGAUAAGCUCAUCGAAGAUCAGGAAAAGGUAAAAAUCUAUUAUGGGUCUUUGAAUUUCAGAGAUGUUCUAAUUGUUACAGGAAGAAUUACUUUACAAUUUAAUAUGGGCAACGACGGGUUACAAGCUGGUCCACUAAUUGGAACUGAGUUUUCUGGAAUAGAUUCAUUAGGUAAUCGAAUCAUGGGAAUGUGUGCAGGUGGAGGAAUCGGAACAUCUCUUUGUGCUAAAACUUAUUUAACGAAGAUUCCAGUUCCAGAAAAUUGGACAUUAGCCGAAGCUGCAACAGUUCCUGUUGUCUAUUUAACAGCUUAUUAUGGCUUAAUUUCUCGAGGAAAUUUACAAUCUGGUGAAAGUGUUUUAAUUCAUGCAGGUUCAGGAGGAGUUGGUCAAGCAGCUAUUUCGAUCUGUUUAUCAAGAGGUUGUCAAGUAUUUACUACAGUUGGAACACAAGAGAAAAGGGAUUUCAUAAAGAAACGUUUCCCUUCAAUCGAUGAGGAUCAUAUUGGUGAUUCUCGAUCAACAUCAUUUGAGGAUAUGAUUAUGAAGAUGACUGAUGGUCGAGGAGUUGAUUUGGUUUUAAAUUCACUUUCUGAUGAUAAACUAAAAGCUUCGAUCAGAUGCUUAUCAGAUUUCGGUCGCUUCAUCGAGAUCGGCAAAUAUGAUAUGAUCCAAAACACGAAAAUGGAUUCACAAUUCAUAGAUUUCAACAAAACUUUUCAUGCUUGCUGCUUGAUGUUUCUACAAAAUGAUGUAUUUAUCAAGAUGAUUCCUGGUCGGAUAAAGGUUUGGAAUGGUCUCAUUGAGAUGUUAAAAGAAGGAAUCAAAUCAGGUGAAGUUGUACCUCUACCGACAACGAUAUUCCAAAUGAAUCAGCUUGAAGAGUCGUUUAGGUUUAUGGCAACAGGGAAACAUAUUGGUAAAGUUUUGAUUCAAAUGAGAGAUGAAAAUGAAGAUCCGAAUAAAACUAAACUUUAUUGCUCAAUUGGUCAAACAUUUUUUGAUCUUGAAAAAAGCUACAUAAUAACCGGUGGACUUGGAGGAUUAGGACUCGAAGUUGCCUAUUGGAUGGUAUCAAGAGGAGCAACUAAUCUGAUUCUUACUUCACGUUCUGGAAUCAAGACAAAAUACCAAGAGUAUAUUUUAGAAAGAAUGAGAAACAAUGGUUACUCUCGAGUGAAUAUUAUCAUCUCUAAUGAAGAUUGUUCCAAUUUGGAAUCAACUGAGAGAUUAAUUAAUCAAGCACAAGAAUUGGGCCAAAUUGGUGGAGUAUUUCAUCUUUCUAUGGUUCUAAAAGAUGGACUUUUCGAGAAUCAAACAGCUGAAACAUUUGAUGAAGCUGUCAAGCCAAAAGCGAUCGCUUGUCGUUAUUUGGACCAAUUAACUCGAUCUCUACCCUACAAUAUUGAUUAUUUCGUAUGUUUUUCUUCAAUUGUUAUUGAAAUUGGAUAUAUUGCCCAGACCAAUUAUUGUUUCGGUAAUACAGUGAUGGAAAAUAUUUGCAGAAAAAGAAGAUUAGAUGGACUACAUGGUUUGGCUAUUCGAUGGGGAGUAAUUGGUGAUGUUGGGAUAUUUACAGAGAUGCGUCUCGUUAGAUGGCAAAUUCAUCUCAACGCGUUGAGAUCCUAUGAACCAAUUCGUUUAAAUUUAGUACGCGAUUCACUUGACAAAACUUUAAUGUCACCCGAUGACAGUUCACUUUUCACCAUAGUUUCAUUUUCUGAUAAAAAAAGCGCAUCAUCAUUAGGAAAUGGUAACUCAUUGAAACUGAAAAUCUUUCAUAUCCUUAGUGUUAAAGAUGCAACUAAAAUUGAUCCACAAUCAACUUUAUCUGAACUUGGUCUUGAUUCAUUGAUGGCAGUUGAAAUUAAACAAGCUCUCGAUACUGAUUACGAUUAUUCAAUGACAACCAAUGAAAUUCGAGAAUUGAAAGUUGGUGAAUUAGAUGAACUUGAAAAGAAAUUGAGAAAAUCAGAGAAGAAAAAAACCAACUCUCCUCAUUCAGCAUUUGAAUACAGAAAUAUUUUCCAUAUUCACACGCAAUUAUUUGUCCCAUUGAAUCAAAGUGAAUUUGGAUUACCAUACUUUUACUUUCCUGGUCAAUCAGGUCAAUUUGCUGUCGUUAUUCCAGUAUUUGAAUCAUUCUCAAAACCAGUGAUCGGCAUCAGUUGGACCAAAGACUGUCAAAAUCUCGAAUCAAUGGAUGAAGUUAUUAACUUUUAUGUGGACUCACUUAUAACUAAAUAUCCAAAUGAGAAAACAUUUAAUCUCAUUGGUUGCUGCUUUGGUGGAGUGGUAGCCUUCAAAGUGGCCAUAAGCUUACAAAAGAAAUUAGGUCAAGAUUCUGUUAGAACUCUCAUCUUUAUUGAUUCAUCGCCCGAGAUAGUAAACAACAAAACGAGAAACGUUUAUGAAGAAUAUGCAGGGAAAGAUGAAAGCACAAUAUUUACAUGCUUUAUAUUUGAUUAUUUCUCACUGUAUAUGAAAAGUGAUGAAAAGAACGAAGUGAGAACAAAACUGUUAGAGCUCGAAACGAAGCAAGAAAAAUUAGAAUAUGCAACUUCAAUUAUUAACAGGAUAGGGUCGGUCGAUUAUGAUAUUAACCAGAUAAGUGAUGCUAUCGAUAUUUUUGUAGAUAAGCUGAAAAAAGCUGCCGCUGUAAAAGUGGACGAAAAUUUCAACGGUGAAAUUGUUUUAAUUCGAGGAACAGAUUUGCAUGAGUUUAAUGCAGAUUUCUAUCAUUUGGAAGAUUAUGGAUUAUCUCAAUAUACAAAUGGAGCUGUCACUGUUUUCAAAUUGCCUGGACAACACGAAAACAUGAUUGUAGAUAAUUCAAAAGAAAUUACUGAGAUUCUUGAAGCGUUGGCAAUGAAAGCAUCUACUGGAUAAAUGAACUGGAUAAAAUAAAAACUAUUAUAACAUGUCAAUUGUCAAAUUUCCCACCAUGA